AUGACACCGCAUCCUGCCCAGUUCCUCGCUGGUAAACGCAUCAUCGUCGCCGGCGGAAGUUUCGCUGCCCUAUCUUUCGUCCUCGCUUUAGACCAGCUGUGGAACUCAUCCCUCGACCGCCCCGCAGUUAUCAUCUAUGAAAAGAAUGAACGCGAGAAGUGCCUCGAAAAAGACCCCUACAUUCUGAACAUCAACGGAGCCAGUCGCGAUGACGGACUCGUUGCUAUUCAACAAUUAGGCAUUCUGGACGAAGUUCUCAAGCACGCGUCACGCAAUGGCGGUGACAUUCGCGUUUGGGGCGACGACUGGAAGUGGCUCUCGUCUAUGAACCCAGAGAAAUACGGCAACCUCCCUGCAGCAACAAUCCGUAUCUCUCGCGAGGAGCUCAAGCGCAUUCUUCUGGAAAAAGCCGAGGUGAAACAGAAGGCCUUCAAAUGGGGAUGGGCUUGUAUGAGGGCCGAACAAACCGGCGACGGAACGAUGCGAGUUACGGUGUCCAAUGAUGGAGGCAAGACCACAUCCUUCGAGCAAUGUGACCUCCUCAUAGCCGCAGACGGCGCAAAUAGCGAAUUGCGAGCCUGCUUCCGAUCACACGAUAUGAAGACCACCUACAUGGGAGCAAGUCAGAUUGGUGGAGUCGCUUACCUUAAAGAUGGAGUGCCGAAGCCCAUCGACGAGGACUACGGCCUGCAAAUGGACCACGGUGUCUGCUGUAUCUAUAAUCCCUUUGACAGGAAUAGGGUCGCUUGGGCUCUCAGCAUGAUGGGCCCUGCGCGAGAAACCAAGACAAACCUCAACGAGGGUGACUUUAAGGCUCUGAAGAAUGAGGCUCUAGAGACAGGGCGUGUGUUUAAAGAACCCUUCAAAUCAGUUGUUGAAGCCACAGUCCAAGAUACCGCGUUUAUUAGACCCGCAACCACAAAGGACGCUUUCCAACACGAUGAACGUCUGGAGGGUGUGAUGUUCAUCGGUGACGCAAACCACAUUCUCAGCCCCUAUGAGUUUGUCGGAGCGAACCUUGCAUUGAAGGAUGGGUGGGAUUUGGCGGAGCAGAUCUGUCGCCAUACUUCUAUGAAGGCCGCGGCGGCUUCCUAUGAUGCCAUUAGUAUUCCUCGUUUUAAUCACCCCUUCACUUUCCAAAACGAGCGUGUCCGGUUUGGCCAUGCAGACGGUUGGAAGUGGUCAGCUUAUAAAGUUGGUAUGAAGGCUCAAAGGAUGUCUAAGACGGUACACUAG